GCGAGGCGCGGUCGGAAGCGCUGUGGCUACCCUGGAGCCGGGACCAGCGCCCACAGAGUCCGCCAUGGCCGAGACCGACCCGAAGACCGUGCAGGACCUCACCGCCGUGGUGCAGACAUUGCUUCAGCAAAUGCAGGACAAAUUUCAAACCAUGUCCGACCAAAUAAUUGGAAGAAUUGAUGACAUGAGCUGUCGCAUAGACGACUUGGAGAAGAACAUUGCAGACCUUAUGACGCAGGCAGGAGUGGAAGAGUUGGAAGGCGAGAACAAGACCCCUGCAGCUAACAAGAGUUAAAGUUGCCAAUAACUGGAGAUGAAUCCUGAAAGACAACUUUCUUCUUUUUUCUUUUUUUUUUUUUAGAAAUCCUUGAAAUUACAGAACAGCUUUUUGCAUCUACUGUGUGUAAAAGCAUUUUUAUAUUGUUACAGAGCUUGCAUUCCUGAUGUAUAUUGUAUAGCUACAGAUAGGUAAUUUAUAUUUUGAUUUGUGUACUGUAAUUUAACUUUUUGAAUUCUUGUUAUGAGGAUCAAUUAAUUAGUUGUGUUAUUAAAACACAGAUCUUACGGAUCUCAACUACUGGGUGUAUUUUUUUGUGAAGUCACUUUUUUCUCUUUCUUAUACUUUUUCUAGAUGUUUAAUUUUUGAUAGCUAAAGAUAUAGUGACUCCCAUCAAAUGGAAAUCUUAACUUGUUCUGUGUAACUUUGUGAAGUGAUGCACAAGACUAAAACUCAACAUUAAUCUUAGCUCUAAACCUCAGUCACUCAACUAGAUGAGGACUGUGUGUUGCUUUCUCAUACACGUAAUAAGGUGAUUUUUGGUAAACGUGAGACUAACAUGCAAAUCAUAUCUCCUAUUCCUGGUAUUAUCUUACUUGUGUGUUUUAGAACCAGAAAUUUAGAUUUAAUACUAGAGAUGUGUGUAUGGAGUUGCGCGACCACUGCCAUUCAGGUCUGUUUGUUAGACAGAUAAGGAACUAUUGACUAUGAAAAAAUCUCACUGUGGAAUUUUAAGUUUUUAAUACUGUAAAAUUCUGCUUUGAAACUGUGUCAUUUAGCAUCACCUGUGAACAAGAAUUGUCAUUAGAACAGUAGGCAGAAUAGGGAGGGGAUUGAGAAUCUCUGUGGGCUUACAGUUUAAAUCCCUGGCUCAUUGCACAAAAUGGUUUGCUAACAAAACAAUGACAUACGGAGUAACAAAAAAAGGGGAGUUAGAAUUCCAAAUCCUUGCUUCUCUUUGAAUAACAGCUAGCUGGAAUUCUUCAAAAUACUUGAUUUGGAAAGAUGUUCACUUUCCUAAUCACAUCCAUAUAUAUGGGUCUGGAGUUUAAUGGGUUCCAUUAGGAUUUUUUGGCAAUGGAAUAUAUAGAAGAGUUUGUAUUAUGUCAAUUGUGGAGAAAAAUGACCAAUGUUGGACACGACUGACAAUCACUGCAAUGCUCUUCCAGCUUGGCACGCAAAUUUAAAAAGGCACUGAUGCCAGUCAGCAGUUACAUGUGGACCACACUUAAAACUGCUCUUUGAAUGCCACCACAUUGGCACCUAUGUAUUCUGAAAGCAAUAUGACAGGUCAUUUUUCAAAGCUGGGGAUGCUAAUAAAAGUUCAUAAUGGGAAUUUUGUGAAUAUUGGAAAUGUAUCUCUAUACAUUGUAAUACCAACCUGGGGAUCUUUGUAAUGUCACUUAAAAAUCUAAUAAAACUAUCAUGGUAACAAAUAUUCAGCUCGUAUAUAUUAAAGCAAAAUUAGCAUA